ACUUUAAAAGCCUUUGUUCCAUCCCCCCGUUCCUCCCCAUUCCGGGUCCUGGACGCUCCCCUCCUCCCAUCUUUCUGUCUCUUGUCUGUCCACCUCGGAUCUCCUCGUCUCUCCGUCCUGCGUGCAGCCGCAGCGCAUCCAGGCAGCUCUUCUCUCUCUCUCUCUCUCUCUCUCUCUCUCCCUCCCCGUCCCUCCUCCUCCGCCGUGUCUCCGCACCUCAUGCUGCGCUGCUAGUCCGCCCUCCUCUUUCUUUUCAGCGCAUCGAGCUGCUGCUGCUGCUCCGCGAGAUCUGAUCUUCGAGAAUCGGCGGAAAGGAAGCGAUCGGAGGCUCCGAGCCGCGGCGCCCCUUCACUGCGCACACACACUGACUCAGGAUCGGCUCUACCCGAGUCGCUGUCCACCUUCCCUGCGACCAUGUCCGGCGAAGACGCACCUCCCCAGCAGCAGAAGCCCGAGGAGCAGUCGAAGCAGGAGGCCAAGUCGAGCGAGGAGCCCAAGGCGGCGGAGCCCAAGCAGCAGCAGCAGGAGCCCAAGGCGGAGCCCCAGGCUGAGACCCCGGCGGCCGCCGAGGCGACCGGCGCCGAGAAGCCCUCCGCCGCCGCCACCGCCUCCGAGGAGGAGGUGCAGUUCACCUACAGGGCCCUCGUGCUCUCCGGCUACGGCGGCUAUGACAAGGUGAAGCUGCAGGUGAAGAAGGGCAAGCCCGCGCUCAAAGCCGGGGACGUGCUCGUGCGCGUCAAGGCGUGCGGCCUCAACUUCGCCGACCUGCUCGGCCGCCAGGGGCUCUACGACCGGCUGCCCUCGCCGCCCGUCACCCCCGGCAUGGAGUGCUCCGGGGUGGUGGAGGCCGUGGGGGAGGAGGUCACCGACAGGAAGGUUGGUGACAAGGUCCUCGUGAUCUGCCGCAACGGGCUGUGGCAGGAGGUGGUGGCAGUCCCGACCGACCACACCUUCCUCAUGCCGGAGGGGAUGAGCUUCGAGGAGGCCGCCGCCCUCCUCAUCAACUACAUCACCGCCUACAUGAUACUGUUUGACUUUGGCAACCUGCGGCCCAACCAGAGCGUGCUGAUCCACAUGGCAGCCGGAGGUGUGGGCAUCGCCGCCACCCAGCUCUGCAAGACGGUGAAGGACGUGACCGUGUUCGGCACGGCAUCCGCCAGCAAGCACGAGGUCAUCAGCCAGGGUGGGGUCACACACCCCAUCGACUACCGCACCCGCGACUACGUGGAGGAGAUCCGCAAGAUCAGCCCCAAGGGACUGGACAUUGUCCUCGACCCCUUGGGCGGCUCGGACACCAACAAGGGCUUCAACCUGCUGAAGCCCAUGGGGAAGCUCAUCACCUACGGCGCCGCCAACGUCCUGACUGGGCCAAAGAAGAACCUGUUUGCCGUGGCCAAGAGCUGGUAUAACCACUUCUCGGUGAACGUGCAGAGCCUGAUGAACAGCAACAAGGCUGUGUGCGGCUUCCACCUGGGCUACCUGGACGGGGAGUUCGAGCUCGUCGCGCAGGUGGCCAACAAGGUGCUGGAGCUGUACGGCCAGGGCAAGAUCAAGCCCCGCGUGGACUCGACCUGGCACUUCGAGCAGGUGGGUGACGCCAUGCGGCGGAUGCAGGAGCGGAACAACGUUGGCAAGGUGAUUCUCCUCCCAGAGCCCAAGAAAGAGGAGGAGAAGAAGGAGGAGCCCAAGAAGGAGGAGGAGAAGAAGGAGGAGAAGAAGGAUAAAAAAGAAGAGAAGAAGGAGGAGAAGAAGAAGGAAGAGCCCAAGAAGGAGGAGAAUUGAGAACAGGGGUGUAGAGUUAGAUAAGGGGUCCAUGCCUCCGUUCUGGGGGGGGGGGGGGUUGUUGGGUUUUUUUAUUUUUAUUUUUUUAUUUUUAUUUUUUUUUUUUCCCUUUUUUUGGGGUGGGAAGUGGGAUGCAGCCUAAUUUUACGUCAGUCUGAGUCACCCAAACCAACUCUUGGCCUGGCCAGUCGUCCGCUGUAACGGCCGUCCAGCCCUGGCGUUCAGGGUCCUCCUCUGUCCACCCCAUGUGCUCGCCGCGUCUGAGCUCUCAUAUCUACCUGUAACGAUGCAAAAACUAACCACUGUGCUCUUCCCGGCCAGGCUGCUCUUACAUGUGCUGACGCAUAACAGAGAACCUCCCAGGACUCCGGCUAGCGUCCCUGGCUAGGGCGGACGACCGUUGCCGUGACGACCGUACUCCCACUCCUGCGGUGGCUUCACCCCCUCCCAUCACCCCAUUUUGCAUGACCUACACCGCUAUCAAAUCCACUCUGCCACACCCCUUCCCUCCUUCCCCACCCACUCAAGUUCUCUCACUCCCCCUCCCCCGGACGAUCCAGCCUCACGGACAAACCCACCCCUCCCCGCCCCCGAACCUGCCGCCGCCCACCUUCUGAUCCGCACAUUCCCUGAAAUUAGUGAGGACCCUGUAUCUGUCGUGCCGUCCAGCAUAACGGGUGAUGACUCAGCCUUGCAGAUGAUUGGCUGUUUUGCUCAGAUGUGACUUUACCGAGUCCCAGCCCUCGGAGCUGGAUUAUAGAAGCAACCUGAAAUCAAUCUGUCGAACUGACCGUCGCGGUUGCAUUCUGUUUCUUUCUCCUAGUUUCAGUGUUGUUACGCAGUGCUCCCUUAGAGUCCCGUACAGCUACGCGCGAAAAGUCAAACGGCAUCGAUGAAACGCAUUUCCGUGUCCCGGAAGGAGGUGCCACAUCGGUGCAGGAAAACGCGUGCCAAGGUGCGCGCCGUAAAUUGAGAGCAUUUCAGGUUUAAAAACAAACGAGAACAUUCCAAAUUAAGGCACACGCUGGAAUCUGGUCUCAUUGCCGCUGCUCCAGCUUUCUGCCCCCUGGUCUCCGCGACGCCGCUGUCCGCAGUCGGGGACGCGUGUCCUGCACGUAAGCCCCAGGUUCGCUUUUCUGUACCACCUCAUCUCCCUGCCUUUCGCUGCCUCCAUGGUGGUCGGCAUAGCAACAGGCAGCUGGGCACAUGUUGCUAAGGUCCGCUUUGUUGCUUCCUCCCUUCCGUCUGUCGGCGGACCAGUUCCGAAUUGGUGGAAAUGCUCUCCGUUCGGCCGCGGGCAGGCGACCCGUCGGAGGCAGGAAAUGAAGCGCACGUUCGUGACCCUUGGCCGCCCAGCGCAGGAGCGUGGGACAAAAGUCUCCGGAGACGUACCCUUCGAAAGCCUGCCUUGCGUCACAGUCAUCAAGCAGGUGGGCUUGCGGUUAAGGACCUUCGCUCCGCUUGGGCGAUUCGCGGUGUCGAAAGGGGGCGGAGACGUGGCAAAGAGCUAUCGUGUCGCCGGAACCUUCGAAACGUACAAAAACACCCUAACGUCGCAUCGCAAGCAGGUGAGGACGUUUAAAGGAGCAAAAGACGGUUGUGGGUGAACAGAGAUUUUACCAAGGUGACCGGGAUUUCCUGCGGUGAGCUGUCCAUCGGGCAAAGUAAAACAAGGUCCUGCACCCCCCUCUCCCUCCAUUCCCGCCCCCCGCAAGCUCUCGUCCACCCCCGUUUGUGGGUCCCGUCCGCUUUUUGGUGGAUCAGCGCAGACUGAGGUUUUUUGUAAAGAAUUUAAAAAAAAAAAAAUGUUUUUCGGAUGACUGACCUCACUCCUGAUGUGCAUGUUAGUGUGUCUGAGCCCUCAGGCGAUGUUUAACAAUAAAAUGUCCUUUUCUCCUCCUUUGAUCCCAUCCCUACUGCUUUCCCUCCAUUUUUCACCCCCCUCCCGCUGCACGCUGGUAUCUCCCAGCCCACCCUCCCCCGCUCACGUCUGAGGCCUGCGCCAAGACGGUUGGUUUAGGUAUAUCUUGCACUCUGCUUGCUGAUCCCAUUGCACACUCCGGGGUUGGAAAUUGCUUUGCGGGUUCGCGGCCUUUGGCUCCGGGUUCGAUCGCUGCGGGGAAGCUGCGUCUCCUACGCGUUUGGCCCUGUAGGAAACAUCCACAACCCCCGAGACACAUUUACGCAAGCGUUACCCCAAGCGCCGCGCAGCCCCGACGCGUUCCAACCCUGGUUUUGGGAGUGACUGUGCUGCGUAUGGUUCUGUUACCGUUCCGCUUGGUUCUUGGUGUUCCUGUGUGUGGUGGUUCCGUCGAGAGUACCGUGUGAGUAACAAAUGCUUAAAGUGAAGGAUGUUGUACUUUUAUAUCGUUUCCUUUGUUUUUGUUUCGUGACGCAAGGGUUUAAAGUUCAAAGUCGCUUGCAGUUAAUGGAAACCUCUUAACAUUCCUUUAACGUGAUUUUUCUGUUUGUUUGGUUCUGACCAAGUGUGCCAAAUUCUAAACUGCUUUGUCUACGCCUUAAAGACAACUGUGCAUUCAUUGAAGGGAAAAAAAAAAAAAAAAA